UGGGGGUGGAAGGGGUGAGGGGAAGUGGUGGUGGUUUAGGGGAGAGUAACAUCAUGUUGAAACAUCAAGAUAAAAACAAAAUGAGUUUGAACUUUAGUGAUAUCCACUGGCAUGUGCGAGGUACAAAACCAUUCCUACAAACUCCCAAGGUCAAGCUUAAAGCCAGUGGUAAAAUAUUUAAUCUUGGCACAGAGUGGCAUGUUUAUCAAAACCAUUCUUAUUUUUCCCAAAACUUAAAAACCCUUUCGGUAAACUCCCCUAAUUCCUGUUUUCCAAAACUUUGCUGAGUGUGCUUCCCAUUAUCGCAGGAUGGGUUACACUCACCAAAAAAAUGCUGAAGGUCUCAUGUUGUUUUGACUUGCUACAUGUGAGUGGAAUGAAGGAUGCACUCACUAAAAACUUAGUGAAUCACAUUAAUUGUUUUUCACUCCCUAAAAUUCAAACAAUCCUCGCACAAUUAUUCCUGCUGUCUGCAUUGUGCUGUUAAAGAGGCUUUGAUUGAUUGAACCUCUACCUUUUUUCCAGCUAAUAUUAGAAGCAUUUUUUAUCUUUUGUUUAAUAUAUAUUAUCCAUUUAUCUGGACAUUAGUAACAAGUGGCCAUCAGUAUUUGACUGGACUGUUUUGUGUUUCAGGUGGUUGCUGGGGUGUGACCUCAGAUAUGACCAUUCACCACCCUUAACAUAUGCAGUGUUAUCACAAAUACAAUCUUCAGCUGUCAGAUAGUGACUGAUUGGAUUUAUAUCCUUCUCAUGUACUGUACAAGUGUUGCUUCACUGUAAGCCAAAAUUUUAUUUUGGUAUUUGUUUUUAUUUGUCUCCAUGGUCCUUAUACAACAGAGAAAAGUCAUGACCCCUUUUUACCCCCACAUUUUUCCAGGUUAGCCUUCCCUCUCAUAAAUUCACUCAUAAAUGUCAAAUAUUUGGAUGAAAAAGGCCAAUCCCAUGCAAAGUUCAAGAAAAUCACCUGAUAUUUGUAUUCAUCAUACACCUCGUGAUAAACAUCUAUGAUGUAAGUCUAUUAGUUUCAUUUAAGUCAAACUUUUGAAUGGUCUAAACUUGAACCAUGAACCAUGGCAUAACAUAUUUAAUAUACAUUUAAUUAAGCCUCACUAUCAAGUCAGAGUCUAAUGUAUACUUUUAAUGUUUCUCAGAUAAGAAUCCAUUCUUCACGAGAUGAGAAACAUUUCCCAGUCGUAUAAAACUCAUAGAGCUUAUACAGUUAAUCUCCUGGAUAAUAUGAAAAAUGCAGCUGCCGUCCAGCCUUAAACCAGAUCCUGAUAAGUUUUUUAUCAUACACGUGAAAAAUGUCGACACUAAAAAGGAGAAUUUUGGCAUGCGAUUAGUCGGUUGGUGACUUGGCAUCGAUGCAGGCAGCAUGACACCUUCUCCCUGAUUGGCUUCCUCUGCAUUACCAAGACAAAUAAAAGGCCAUUAGCCGAGAUGCCAUUCAUCCAGAUGCCAGGUUUUCCAGUUCAGGGUAAGAUUUAUUUGCAAAUAUGAUAACUAUAUAUUUUAGUGACAAUUCUUAAAUUGGAUUUAUAAACUGAAGCAAAUCUCUACGAAUCUUUGAAUGGUAAAUCACUAUGUAUAGCUCAAAGUGACUUCUGUACUUUUUUUAAUAACAGUCUUAAAAUGUGGAUUAUUGUAGUGUCUCUCAGACUUGAUCAUGCUCUGAUGAACGUGUCAUGCCAAAAAUGUCAGAUUUGUCAGUCUACUGGUGGUACAUAAAAGUCUGAAAAAGGUCAAACCUCAACAAUACCUGUAGUAUAAGGAACGACUGUAUGUUGCUGGAGUUUUCAGACAUUUCCCUUCUCUGUGCACAUUGAAAAUAGGCAGUGUUGUAGGGAAGGAAACUGCUUCUCUGGUUCUUGUAAAUGAAAUUCACCAAUAUGAUUUCAGGGAUGAGGCCAUGCUGUCAGUUUUAUUACCACUGGAGUACUGCCUGUUAAAAUAUGUUUUGGGGGAAAGAAGCACUUUCCAUUUCUUGAACUUGUCUGUUAAACUGUGAUGUUUUCAAAUGAUAAUACUUAAUAUGUAUAUUUCCAAAUAUAGAUAUUUUAUUUUUGGGAAAUUCCAAGAGAGAGAUAAGACAAAAAAAAAAAAAAAUCCAGUAUGUUUGUCUCCAAAACCUGUGUUUGUGUAUCUGCAGUAUAUCUGUUAAUUUUGGUGAUUGAUUUGAUGUGUGUGCAUUAUUUUAGGUUUAACAAUGAAAGGGCUGGGCUACUGUCUUGUGGGUUUUCUGGUGGUUGGGCUCUGUUCUGCCUCACCAGCAGGAAGAGAGUUUGCCACAUCUUUCAUGCAUAACCUCGGGAGUGAUAAUAGCGAAACUCAUUUCCUGGUUGAGGUUGCAGCUCUGCCCUCCUCAAAAGGCAGCACCAGAGUGAAGGUGACUGCUGUGGGUAGGGUCUAUGAGAGGGACAUUGAUCCCGGUAAGAGUGUAUCCUUCAAGCUGCCCAACAGCGUGGAGAUGGAAGGCAGUAAAAAGUCCCGUCAGGCUGUGCUGAUUGAGGCUAGCCAAGAUGUCACUGUGAUGUCUCUCAACUUCAAGCAAUACACGGCAGACACCUCUGUGGUUUACCCUGUGAAGGACUGGGGGACUGAGUAUAUCAUAUUCACUCCAUCCAGCUCUAAAAGAGGCGCCUACAAAGAAUUUUCUAUCACCAACCACAAGGAGCCCAACACUGUUGAGAUUUUCCUGCGUGGCUCAGUCAAAUUUGAGGGGAAAUAUUACAGGAAAGGAAGCAAGAUGACCAUAAAUCUAGAGCCAUUUGAGACUGUUCAGAUUCAAAGUGACGAUAACCUGAGUGGCACUAAAGUAGAUUCAAGCCUUCCUGUUGCUGUGUCCUCAGGACACAGCUGUUUUCAGAAAUACACCUCCUGCAACCACGUAUAUGAACAACUUCUCCCUGUCAACAGCUGGGGCAAAGAAUUCAUCAUUGUACCCCUGCCUUAUCUUAACGUCUUUACCAAUUCACAUGACAGCGUUUUUGUCCAAGCAUCCCAGCACUCCACAAUUACUGUAAAAGUUAAUGGACAGGUCCAGAGUUACCCUAUGUUUCCAGGACAAACUCUUGAGCUCUACUCUUAUUGGCCACAAGCUAUUUAUCUGACAUCUGACAAGGGGGUCCAGGUCCUAUUUGAAUUCAAUGGGGGCCCUGAUUACCCAAUACAGUAUUAUGACCCUUUCCUGAUGACUAUACUGCCCACAGAUCAUUUUAGCACUUCCUACUCCCUACAGGGACAGGGUGAUUUCUACAACAAUAUUAUAGUUGUGGCUAAAAACAAAGACCUUGAUGGCAUCAAAAUUGAUCCUCAGCCUCAGUCUGCUAACUUUGACUGGCAAAAAGUAGAGGGGACUGAUUUCUCCUGGGCUGAAAUGUACUACAGCAGUGGGGCAAGCUUCUCUCACAUAUCUCACCCCAAAUCCCCAUUCGGCAUCUACAGUUUUGGUGUUGCUUAUGCUAAUGGGUAUGGAUCUCCUGCAUCUGCUGACCAAGCAGAGAAACAUGACUGCAGCACCACAAAAUGUCCUGAAGAUGAAAUGUGCCAAAUGAAAGGAAACACCCCAACAUGUGUCAAAAAAACGGUCAUCAAAGCAGGUGCCUGUUGGGCCAUGGGUGAUCCUCACUACCGCACAUUCGAUGGCAAGUACUACAAUUUCAUGGGCAACUGCACCUACACGAUGGUCAAGAACUGCCAUGUUGGGGAAGACUUUCCAGCCUUUGAGGUUGACGCUCAUAAUGACAAACGUACCGAUUCAAAGGUCACAUUUGUCGGCAAGGUGAUCAUUAAGGUCUAUGGGUACACUAUGGCCAUAGUACGAUCAGAGUUCGGCCUUGUCAGGAUGGACUACACACUGUGGAAUCUCCCCAUCAACCUGGGCAAUGGCAAGGUGAAGUUAUCCCAGAGCGGCCUGUCUGUCAUUGUAGAGACAGAUUUUGGCCUGACUGUGCAGUAUGACUGGAAGGACUAUCUUCUCAUCACAGUGCCGGGCAGUUUUUCUGGCAAGGUGUGUGGCAUGUGUGGAAACUUCAACAGAAAAAAGGACGAUGACAUGGUGACUCCUACUGGCUCACUGGCCAGCAGUGCGGUGGCCCUUGGCAAGAGCUGGAGGGUCCCUGAUCUACCAGAGGAUGCUCAGUGUCGAGACGAAUGUGAGGGCCAGUGUCAGACCUGUGAAACCCCCAGCUUUUUCGGCAGCAUAUCACAAAAGAUCUUCUGCAGCUUGCUUACCAGCAUCAUGGAUGGGCCGCUCAGUGACUGUAAUGCUGUCAUUGAAUCCAAAGUCUUCCAUGAGAUGUGUUCGUAUGAUGUGUGCAUGGGCAAGGGGAUGAAAAACUUCCUGUGUGACACCUUGCAAGUGUACGCUGAUGCCUGUCAGAGGGCCGGCAUUAAAAUUUACGACUGGAGGCACCUUGCCCACUGCUCUGCACCCACAUGCCCAGAGAACAGCCAUUAUGAGUUCUGCGGGAAUGCCUGCCCUGCCACCUGUGAAAACCCAGAUGCUGCUACACAUUGCAGAAAAAGCUGUGUGGAGACCUGUGUCUGUGACAAGGGCUUCCUGCUUAGUGGCACUAAGUGUGUCCCUAAGGCCCAGUGUGGUUGUUUGUACAAAGGUCACUACAUAGAUGCCGGAGCCUCUUUCUUCACUGAAAACUGCACAGAGAAGUGCACAUGCAACCAAGUUACCAAGACAGUUGACUGUGAGAAACCAGGUUGUAAGCAGGGGUAUGAGUGCAAGGUGGUUGAUGACCUUAUGGGAUGUCACCCACUGACCUACGCUGAGUGCAGCGUGACCCGUGGCCCUCACUUUGAGACCUUUGAUAGGCACGACUACAACUUCCACGGCACCUGUGUGUAUCAGUUGGCUGGGGUCUGCUCGAAAGAUCCUUCCCUGCAGCAGUUUGAAGUUUUGGUGCAAAAUAAUGCCAAUGGCAAAAGAGCUGGCUCGGGUGCACAGUUGGUGGAGGUCAAAGUUUAUGGGAAUUCCAUCGUUGUCACAAGAAGGCGCAAUGGCAAAGUCUUGGUAAAUGGAGAAAUUGAAAACUUACCUGUCACACAAAGGAAUUUCACAGUUCACCUUAUUGGCGACUCUGCUGAGAUCAAGACUGACUUUGGGCUGCAAGUUUCCUAUGACUGGCAUUCAACAGUACAAGUCAAAGUCCCCAGUACAUAUGCUAAUGCAAUGUGUGGUCUGUGUGGCAAUUACAAUAACAACCCCAAAGAUGACCUACUUUUGAGCAACGGUACUCUGGCAGAGUCUGCAGAGGAACUAGGAAAAAGCUGGAGGGUUGCUGUGAUCCCAGGCUGUGUUGAUGGCUGCAAGGACAAGAACGAAUGUCCAAGCUGUGACAUCACCCAGAAAGAGAAAUAUGAGACCAAUGAGUACUGUGGUUUAAUACGAAACCCCUCAGGCCCCCUCCGUGCAUGCCACACUAUCAUAAAUCCUGAAAGCAUUUUUAAGAAUUGUGUGUACGAUAUGUGCCUCUAUAAUGGCAAGAGAGGCUCCUGGUGUAGCCAUCUCCGCAGGUACACUAUAGAAUGCCAAAGGAAAGGUGUCAACGUGUCCCAGUGGAGGACAAAAGACUUCUGUCCCAUAUCUAACAUGAUGCAUCCUGACAACAGUCACUAUGAACACUGUGGCAAUGUUUGCCAUGCAACCUGUGCCGAUGGGUUACCCCCCAAAGACUGCAAGAGGCCCUGUGAGGAGGGAUGGGUGUGCAAUAAUGGCUACCUACUCAGUGGAGACACGUGUGUGCCUUUAGACCAGUGUGGAUGCAUUGAGAAACACAAAUAUUAUAAGAAGGGACAAACCUUUCUGUCUGAAGACUGUCAUCAGAGGUGCACCUGCAAUGGCUCAGUGAUGUGUAAGCCGUACUCAUGUGGGCCAUUUGAGAACUGCACGCUGAACAAGAACAUUCGAUCAUGUCAACAAGUGGAAAAUGCAACCUGCACAAUCUCAGGUGAUCCACAUUACAAAAACUUUGACAGCCAUCACUAUGACUUCCAAGGCACCUGCACCUACACUGCAGCUACGCUGUGCCAUCAGGAAAGCUCAGAUCUCCAACAUUUCUCCGUGGUUGUGGAGAAUGAGAAGUGGACAAGGACAGAUGUGCCACAUUUGUCUGUAGCCAAGCUUGUUGCUGUGGAGGUGUACGGCCACACCCUGAUCCUCAAAAGUAAUCAACUUCAUACGAUCAUGGUGAAUGGCACCUUGAGAUACAUUCCACUGAACCUCAAUGACGGACAAGUUGAAGUCUUCCAAGAAGGCUUUCACUAUGCUAUUGUAGCAGAUUUUGGCCUGAAAGUGACUUAUGACAUGAUCUACAGAGUUGAAGUCACCAUUGCUGAAAGCCACAUAGGCAAAACCUGUGGUCUGUGCGGCAGUUUUAAUAACAAGACACGUGAGUAUGAGCUGCCUGAUGGAAAAAUGACCACUGACGUAAAGACCUUUGGAGCAGCAUGGAAAACGGACGUUUCAGAGGUGACCUGUGAAGAUGGCUGCAGAGGUGACGAGUGCCCCAAAUGUGACAACGCUCAAAAGAAAAUCUUUGAGAGGGAUUGUGGAGUAAUCAAGUCAAAAGAUGGUCCCUUUGCUGCAUGCCACAGUCAACUAGAUCCUGAAUAUUAUUACCUGGAUUGUGUCUAUGAUGUUUGCAUGUCUAAAGGAGACCGCAAGGUUCUUUGCAACAGUAUCUCAGCAUAUGUAACUGAUUGUCAGACCAUUGGAGUAAAGAUCAAGAACUGGAGGACACCUGAUUUCUGCCCGAUUCAGUGUUCUGAAAACAGCAACUACCAGAUCUGUGCUGAAACCUGUGCCUAUCCAUGCCCCGGUCUCAUCGACGUCAUCACCUGCCCAUUCACUUGUAUGGAGGGCUGCAGCUGUAAGGAAGGCUACUACUUCAAUGGGACUGGCUGUGUUGCCUUGGAGGAUUGUGGUUGUUACUACAAAGGACAAACAUAUAAGAUUGGUGAGCCUGUGUCGACUGACAGCUGCCAGCGGAAAUGCAACUGUACAACAUCUGGUGAAGUGGAGUGUGAGGACUUUUCAUGCAAAGCUACAGAAAUCUGUGAGCUCAAGAAUGGUAUCCCCAGCUGCCAUCCCAAAGAGUGCCGGAUAGAGACCGGAGGAUCCAUUACCCUUUUCAAUGGGGCGAACGGCAAUAUCCAAUGUCAUGGGAGCUUAUGAGAUCAUCACACACUGCGACCAAUCAGCUGCUGACUGGUUCAGGGUUGUGGCUAAGCUCCAGGAAUGCAGACUGACUGGUGUGAAGAGUGUUGUAGCUGUUUAUGUCUACUUUAAUGACCUGAGUGUCACUAUCACAGACAAACAGGAGACCUGGGUCAAUGGUAAAAGGGUGACUACUCUCCCCAGCCAGCCCAGAAAUAAUGUUGUUGUGAGUCUGAAUGAGAAAGAGAACACCAUAGUCAUCGAGAUGACUUCGCACUUCAAGUUGUCUUACAGCAUCACAGAGAAGGUCAUUGUGACUGUGAGUGAGAGCAUGAUGGAUAAGGCAUGCGGAGCAUGUGACAAACUCCACCCCGUCAGACACUUCAGGGAGUUAUUGGAGGAAACGAUGCAGCAGUACAUGGCCUCAUUUUCUGCACAAGACUUCCCUACGUGUGAGUUGCAGUGAGUUGUGAAAGAGACCUCGUCUUGUCAUCACCCAGUGAUCAACUCACCAGUAUCAUCAUCUGCAGAAAAUUCUACAAUAAAUCAACACUGAAAGUUUUAUUUGAAGUAUGGUAUUUGAGUUAAUUUUUGCCCUCAAACUUUUGAUGAAAUGGGUUUGUGAAAUAAUCACAUAAUAAACUUCAUGUUUCAACAGCGA